GUCAAGCGAAUACUUCGCUACAAAAAAGUUCCUGUAGCAAAAAUUAUUCGUUAAUUUUUGCCAUAAAUAACAAAAAAUAGCCCAGUCAAACAAAAUAUGGCUGACCCUGAACGUAAUAACCCUCACAUCGAUCGUGCCCUGAGCGAGGAGAGUUUUCAAUUUUUGCUGAAAAAUAUUAAGUCACUUGGAGAAAAUGAUGCCUUGUCGUGUGAUUAUGAAACCGUGGAAGCAGUACUGAAACAAGAUGUCUUGGAUGUUAGCGAAGUGGAGUUGUUCAAAGCAUUGAUUAAAUGGGGGAAUCAUACCUGCGAUGAAAAGGAUCCCCCACGGUCAACCGUUAUGCCGGAAUUACUGAAAAUGAUCCGCUUUCCGGUAAUCGGGAUAAAGGACUUCGCCACUGAAGUUGUCCCAACAAGAAUAUUUUCAAAAGAUGAAAUGCUUGAGAUGUUCCUAUAUUUUGCAAACCCCGAGAAGAGCAAAACAACGCAUGGAAAUUCUUCAGGGAGGAAAAAAUUACCCAAGUUGGGCUCCCCAGCGCUUAGAUUUCUGGUCAAUAAGACUUCUUGCCCUAUUAGCUUGCGCAUCAUAGGAAAAGCGCCCAUACAAUACUUUCCUGCGGAGUUAACGUCCAGAUAUUGAUGUGAUAAACAAGACCACAAAAUGGAUGUUAAUCAAAAUUAUGGUGUUACUCCCAUCAAAUAUCUAUCAGCAUGAAAGACCUUGAUAGAUUUUUUUAAAUUUUGACUUAUGACCCAAUUAGGAGGAUUAUGAACAGUUUUACUGUAAAAAUGCACAGCGCUUAUAAUGGUAAACUUUUACAUUAAAAACAUUUCAAUGAAUAAUAUUAUAUUUGGACUACUAUUUUUUUCAUAAUUGUUAGUCGUUGACAAUUGCAACCACUCGAUUACAAAUUUAUAACGACGGCGGUAGAGUCGCAUAUGUUUACUUUUCGGUUAUAAUCGUAACCAAAUUUCUAAUAGUGUAGUAUUAAAUUGUCACCAGACAGUAUUAAGUUCUUAAGUGGUAGUGACAUGACAAAAUUUAUACUUUCAGAAAGAACCAAUCAAUGUAUGCAACUUCUCCAAGGAGGAGGUUAAAUACGGUGGAUUUACAUGCGUUAAGAUUUCCGGUUAACACAACCUAUUCCCUGUUACCUCUUUCAUCAUAAAAAGAGGAUCUAUAAAAGCAUACCAAUAUCGCAAUUUAGUGAUUUUCUUAAAAGUAUAGGGUAUUAGUAAGACCUUAUCAGUAUGAAUGAGGUUCCAUCAUGGAACUUCCAUGGCUGAUCUUAUCGACAUAAUCGCCCUAUCGCCGCACUUUCCGCAUAUUGUGAUUGAAUCAUCUGCCUUUAGCACAUCAACAGUGCUAAAUGCAGAUACUACUUCCAUUCAGUAGUUCCACGUCAGACAAAUACUUCACCUAUGAAACUUUGUCCAUAUGGCAAAAUUAUUCUGCAAUUUUUAUAAUAAAUAACCAGCCCAAUCAAGCUAACUACACUCUUAGCAACUUGGUAACAAAACCAAGAAUUUUGUUGACACCAACCCUCGGUGUCAACCUCAACUCCACUAAAUAGUGUCAAACCGUUGUGUAAAAGUGACACCGAGCGAAAAAAACGCGUUGACACGGUACCGGUUUCAGCGAUAUUCCGGCAAUGGUGUCGAAUUGACACGAUGCGAUGUUACCGCAGUAAGCAAGACUUGGGCUUAACACAAAAUUGUGUCAGUCUUUUCCUUGUGUGCUCGGUUCUGCUUGGCGGCCAUUGUCCUUCUUCUCCACAAAAACAUCAACAAAGUGGAUAAAUUAAUUGGUGUGUUCAAUUAAUUUCGAAAAAAUUGUUUUUUUAAAACGUUUAAGAACUACUACCACUUUCUUGACUUUAGGUGAGUUAAAAUCUGUAACAUAUAUUAAUUUUCCCUCAUUUAAUUAACAUUAUUUUACUGUGUGUAUUUUUAUUUUGAAAACUUAUUGUUUCCAGCAAGCUAAAACUCAACGCUGAACCCAACGAGGGAACCGACGAGUAAGGAUUUGUCCACCCGACAGCCUAUUUAAUUAUGAUUAAAUCUCUUGUUGCCAAGCUCAUUGAAUUUUAAGAUUUACGCAUAUUUUAGAUCACCGUGUUAGAUAAAUGUAAUCUUUUAUCUAUAAAAGUACAUACGGUAUGGAGAAAAAAAUAUUAUUUAAUUUGUGCGAGUACAAUAACUUGUUACUUGUGAAUAUGUUUGAAAUACUUGUUUAAUUUUUUAAGUGCUUAAUAUUUUUAAAUGUAA